UGCAGACCUUCUUCUUCUUCUAAUGAAGGAUUCAGAUUCUUCUCCUCUGCAAUUGGUUCUGCUGCUUCAAUUACUGCUCGAAAUGCUGCCAUUUCUAGCUUCCGAUCUUAUCCCAAGGUUUUUUCUUGCUUAAUUUUUCUGGGUUCUUUUGCAUUUUCCCUGAAUUUGUCAAAUUUUCUGGGAUCAUGAAUUUUUUUUUUAUGAUUAUUCUAGCUCAAAUUUUGCUGUUAUAUUCUUUCUUUUUUUUUUUUUUUUUUUUUUUUUUUUUUUUUAAUGGAGAUUUGUGACUUUUUUGGGGCAAUUAUCUAUUUGGGUGCUUAAAAAAUUGGAGUAUGAAGUUGUAUUCUUGUAAAUUUUUGUUAUCUAAUUCACAUGUCUUUAAUCUGAUGAAAUUGCUGUUUCUGUUGGUUUUGGGAUUAAUUACUUAAUUAAAAAAAAAAAUUAAAAAAAUAGCCCUUUAGAUUGGGAAGCCUUUCAAUUUUAAUAUUUUUGAGAAAUUUGUCACUGAAUGAACAAACAAUAACACCAAUUUUACAUUGGUCACUGACAAUGAUUUUAUUGCAACCAUAGACAAGAAGUUAAAGUUAUAUUGGUCUUCAGAAAUACAGAUUACAAAAUUAAGCUAGGUAAAGAAUUAAGGAGUUUACAUGUUACUCCUCAAAAUGCUAACCAAUUAGGGCUAAAAAGUUAGCCUGUACCGAUCACCGUGCAGGAACAUGAAGCAACAAACUGAUUCAAGGCGUAUUCUAACAAUAUGGUUACUGACCUAAAGGAAAAUGAGAUUUUUUUUUUUCCCAAGUUUUUCAGAGCUGAGGAUGAAUAACUUUUGGCUGUAUGGCAUUGGAUUACUAAAUUUCCAAGGCUGUCCAUAAAUACUCGAUGAGGGGUAUGUGCACAGCUUCUUCAGUUCCGGCUGAAAAGGCAGGACUAAAGCUAUUAGUGACUGCUGGGCCACGUGCUCAGAUGAUGGUUGGAAUUUGGCUAUUCAGUUCUGCGGCAUGGGUGUUCAGCAUGGUUAUUCUUGGUGGAAUUACUCGACUUACUCGCUCUGGUCUUUCAAUGACUGAUUGGAAGUUUACUGGGAACCUUCCCCCUAUGUCAGAGGAAGAAUGGGCUCUUGAAUUUGAGAAAUACAAGCAAUCCCCCGAGUACAAGCGUAUUAACAAGGGGAUGAAUCUUGAAGAUUUCAUGUUCAUUUAUUGGAUGGAAUAUGCACAUCGAAUGUGGGGAAGGGCACUUGGUGUCAUGUUUGCUUUGCCAUUUUCAUAUUUCCUGCGUAAAGGGUUUAUUACUCUACGUCUUGGUCUGAGGCUUUCAACUCUAUUUGCUCUUGGGGCUGGGCAGGGGCUCAUUGGCUGGUGGAUGGUUAAAAGUGGUCUUGAGGAACCUGUAUCAGAAUAUGCCGAGCCAAGGGUAAGCCCUUACCGGCUAGCAGCUCACCUUACUUCAGCUUUUGCUAUAUAUUGUGGUCUUCUUUGGACUGCUCUUUCUGUAGUGAUGCCUGAACCACCAGCUGAGUCAUUAGCAUGGGUUAAUGGUGCAGCAAAACUUAAGAGACUUGCCAUCCCAGUGAGUCUUCUUGUUGGUGUCACUGCAGUCUCGGGAGCAUUUGUUGCUGGAAAUGAUGCUGGUCGUGCCUAUAAUACCUUUCCAAAGAUGGGUGAUACAUGGAUUCCAGAUGAUGUUUUGAGUAUGAAGCCAAUUAUGAGAAAUUUUUUUGAAAAUACAUCCACAGUACAGUUGGAUCAUCGUAUCUUAGCCACUGCAACCCUGGCAUCAAUCUGCGGUUUGUGGUGGGCAGCAAGGAAGCUGGAUAUCCAUCCUGCUGUGAGAUCUUUGGUUGGCAGUACUCUUGGAAUUGCUGGUCUGCAGGUUACUCUGGGAAUUUCAACUUUGUUGUCAUACGUUCCGGUUUCACUUGGCACAGCUCAUCAGGCUGGAGCAUUAACUCUUUUAACUCUAAUGAUCCUGCUUAAUCAUACUGUUCGCAAGCCAUCUCUCUCUCUCCUAAGAACUCUGCCUUCAGUUGCAAAAACAACAUGAUCACGUCAUUUGGAAACUCUUUGUUUUACGAUUUGUGAGUAUUUAGAUAGACUCCUUUUAUCAUUCAUCAUUGAAAACUUUCACAUAGUUUGGGCAAUUGGACUUGGUAGAGUUUGGGACAAAUAACAUGAAGUCCUCGAUAAUGUUAAUCAGAAAUUUGAAAUUUUGUACGAAGUACCGUUUCAUAUACAAGGAAAUUUUAUGUUAAAUUUAAA